UACUAUCUACCAAUGCUACCUCCAGUAGUAUAUGCUGGAAGAAGUGGAAAGAGUUUAAAUGACGUCAUUAAAUUUCUAACGCACAUGGACAAAAAUUCGUUAAACGAUAAACGCCCUAGAAAUUAUCAAAUACGUUUGAAGUUUGACAAUUAACGAAUGUCAAAACGGAUGCUAAAUUUCGCGCCGUUGUAUAGUAGUGUCGUUUAUAUUAAUGUUUUUUAGCAGCGAAAUUUCAUUUAUAAGAUGGAUGAAAAAAGCUGUUCAAACGGUUUUCACAUCGAUGAGGACGGUGAAAUGAGCUUGUAUAGAAAAGAUGCGACUUCUGUAGUGUUUUUCAAAAUUGUUUAUGGGGAAGACGAUGUGACAUCGAAAUCGGAUGUCUUUAAACCUGUAAUGGCUCAUCAAAUUUUUGGGGACAGUGAGAGUAUUUUUGGUUAUCGUUCAUUGGCCAUGAAUAUCUACUACCUUCAUAAUUCUGCACGCUGCUAUGUUGAUAUACAAAAGUCUAUGGAAAUUAAAAAAUCAGAAAUUUACAAACCAGAUAAUAUAAUGCAUAGCUUAGAACCAUGGCUGCCAAGUGAAUUUACUGCAAACAAAAGUGAAUUCAAAAAGAUGAUAGAAAAUGAAAAGCAUGACCUAAUUUUUGGAAGAGUAUUAGCUGAAUUUAAAGAUGAAAAACAAGGCAAAUUAAUUUCCGAUCAAAACGUACAAGUUAACUAUAAAAUUACUAAAUGUGACAUCACGGAUGAAAAUUUUCAACGUUUCCACAGUAAAUUUGAAACAUUUAUCGUUUGGUACAUAGAUGCCGCUAAUCCUAUUGACUUAACUGAUGACAGAUGGAUGCUAUAUUACGUUUACGAGGAGUUUGAACAUCCAGUCACGAAUGAAAUUUAUCGGUCUGCUGUUGGUUAUUGUUCCGUUUACAAAUUUUAUGCCUAUCCCGAUAAUAUUAGAGCUAGAAUUAGUCAGUUCUUCAUCUUACCUCCACAUCAGAGAAAAGGGAUUGGUUCCAAGUUAUAUCAUACUAUUAUUAACGAUAUUAAGAAAAUGCCAAAGGUGAUAGAUGUAACAGUUGAGGAACCUACACCUCACUUCCAAAAAAUUCGUGACUUCGAAGACUGUACGACGAUUUAUAAAGAACUGAACGGUGCCGGAAUUGAUAUAUGCAGCACCAAUACAAAAAAAAUAUUCGGUUACAUGAAGAAAGAAAAAAUUUGUAAGAGGCAAUGCCAGAGGGUAUAUGAUAUUUUAUGUUGCUACAAAGCCAGCAAACUUAGCCAGGUGGACUAUAAGAAAUCCUUUACCGAUAUUAAAAAUAGGAUUACAGCAGAUAUUGAGAGAGAAACUCGUGGCAGCAAGAGGAUAUGUAAUCUAGAAAGGGCGGGUAUCUUCACAGAACCCACGGAUAGGAAAGUGUUAAUAGAAACGGAGUACAAGAGGUACAUCGAUGAUAUAAAGCCUUCCAUAAAAAACCUCCAAAAGAACUUUGGUUAGUAGAAUAACUUUAUUUUUAGUUUUAUUUCAUUUAGAGUAUUGUUUUUUUUGUAAUGUUAAAUAUUUGAUAUGCAUCGAUAUUCUUACCUCUUCUUUUACUUUUAAGUUUAAACUAGUAUUGUAUCAUUUGUUCGUUAUGCAAAGCAAUAAAUUUUCAAAAUC